AUGAAGAGGAAGGUGUUUGAAAGCAUGGUGAAAGUAAAAGACAAUGUUUGCUUUUUCUUUGUGGCUCAAAGCCUACAAGGCAUUGGAUCUUCAUUUUCAUCUGUUGCAGGUCUUCGGAUGCUGGCAAGUAUCUACACUGAUGACUUUGAGAGAGGAAGUGCCAUGGGAAUUGCCAUGGGAAGUUUGGCUUUGGGAGUGCUUGUAGGAGCUCCCUUUGGAAGUGUGAUGUAUGAAUUUGUUGGGAAGUCUUCACCCUUCCUCAUCUUGGCUUUCUUGUCACUACUAGAUGGAGUACUCCUGCUUUUCAUCCUACAGCCUUCCAAAGUCUCUCCAGAGAGUAUCAAGGGAACUCCACUCCUUAUACUUCUCAAAGAUCCUUAUAUCAUAGUGGCUGCAGGCUCCCUCUGCUUUGCCAAUAUGGGAGUGGCCAUGCUGGAGCCCACACUGCCCAUCUGGAUGAUGCAGACCAUGUGCUCCCCUGAGUGGCCGCUGGGUCUAGCUUUUUUACCUGCCAGUGUGUCCUACCUCAGCACCAACCUCUUUGGUGUAUUGGCCAAAAAUACGGGUCGAUGGUUGUGUUCUCUGAUUGGGAUGGUGGUAGUAGGUACCAGCUUGCUUUGUGUUCCUUUGGCUCAUAAUAUUUUUGGUCUUAUUGGCCCCAAUGCUGGGCUUGGCUUUGCCAUAGGCAUGGUGGAUUCUGCUAUGAUACCGAUCAUGGGACAGCUCGUCGACCUGCGUCACAUCUCAGUGUAUGGGAGUGUCUAUGCCAUUGUUGAUGUGGCUUUUUGCAUGGGCUUUGCUAUAGGCCCAUCCUCUGGGGGUGCCAUUGCGCAUGCUGUUGGUUUCCCCUGGCUCAUGGUUAUCAUUGGGAUUGUCAACAUCCUCUAUGCUCCUCUCUGCUAUUACCAGGAGUCCCCAGCCAAGGAGGAGAAACUUGCAAUUCUAAGUCAAGAUUGCCCCAUGAAGAUUCAGAUGUAUGCAACUCAGAAGGCUACAAGGGAAUUUCCUUUGGCAGAGGACAGUGAUGAUGAGAUAGAGUGA